CAAAAUCCAUCAUCCGACAUUUAUAUAAAGAUGAGCUCAAGUAUCGCGGACGUAUCCAGCAAACUUGGAGAAUACAUGAUAAAAGGCUGGGUGUUGACAGACACAACAUGCUCGUCCCCAGCGUGUCCUGGCGUUCCUCUCAUGAGGUCACCUAACAAUGGAUCACCGGUAACUCACAUCUGCGUGAAUUGCAAUGGUCCUCAACAAGCUACAUCGACACAGUCUAAUUCUUCAUCAACAAAUUCUUCAUCAACCUAUGAAUCUUAUUCGCGACCAUCAACCCCUCCUACAGAAUUAUCCAGCGCAUUGAGCUCCCCAACGUUUGCCCCUCCCAUUGACACUGAAGAGACAAUCCGCAGGCGGCAACAAUCAGACCAAGCAUCUGCAGAGAUUGGAAAGCGUCUUUUGAAGGGAUGGGCGAUGCUUGGUGAAGAAUGUCCGAACAUCAGGUGUUACGGUGUACCUCUUGUAAGACCUCCAAAAGGCGGAGAGGAGAGGGAUCCUCGCAAGGAAUGCGUUGUUUGCGGGACAAUCUACGUUACUGAUGUCUCUGAAGGGUGGCAGCGCCUCGUCCCAGCUCCACCUGCAAUUGAAGUAGGAUCUAGUUCAGGGGCUUACAACUCUAUGUCAAGUGCUCCGGUGACACUGGGCUGUCGUGACAAAGGAAAGGCAGUGAUGCGCAAUAUAUCUUCACAGUCUUCGUCAUUACUUCCUGCGUCAAAGUCAUCAAAGUUGACGAUCGAUAUUUCGCCCACACGAGCCUUGGCCAACAAUAGCGAGCAUCUGCAUGCAAGUGUUCCGUCUAUCAAUGCGGAUACGGCGUAUUCCUCUGCUCAGGUACUCAAGCUAUCUUUGGAUGCUAUGUCACAAAGACUUGCGCAGAUCUGCGAAACCGCAAAUCAAAUGGACGUGGCAUCUAUCGCAUCAGCUGCAGAUGCCAUCAACAAGGUUGCACAGGCAUUGUCCCAAGUAAGGCAACUAGAAGAACAUUAGAUUUAUCUGGUCACCUGUUUGAUGGUAGAACCUGUUUCAUCAGUUCCUGUAUGAUAACACUAUUUAGUGGAAAUGAGAAUAUCUACCAGACAAG